AUGCCAAAUCAAGGGUAUCAACAAUACCCUUAUGCCAAUGUGAACUUAUCUAACUUUGAAUUCAAUUAUAAGAAUACCAAUGAUUAUCAAUAUCAACAAGUUCAACAAGUUCAACAACAACCUCAACCACAAGUUCAACACCACCAACAACAACAACAUCAAGGACAUCAAGGACAUCAACAACAACAACACCACCAACAACAUCAACACCAAACACAAAACCAAGGACAUCAAUCAAACCAAAACCAAAACCAAAACCAAAACCAGAACCAUAAUCAAAACCAAUAUGAUUAUCAAUACACUUCUUCAGUGAACUCAUCAUCCAGUUCAACUCAUUCUCCAACCGUUCAAGCUGGUAUGUUCAACCACGAAGUUAAGGUUCCUGGUUCAAACUUGAAGGUCAAUCAACAAGAAAUCUUAAUGUUGAAACAAUUGUUAUCCACUGGUGAAAAGUAUAAAUGGAAACAAAUCACUAAAGAUAUUAACAACUAUGCUGCUGAUAGAAAUGGGAAAGUUAUAAAGAACAUUUCUCCAACUUUUGUUAUUAAACAGUAUCAGACAUUAUUAGGAUUACCUAAUAAUCAAAUGUAUUUUGGAAUGUUGGGAAGUUCUUUACCAUACGUAGUUCAUGGAUGGGAAAAUGUUAAUGAGGUAGAUUAG